AGCUUAAAACAUCCAUAUCAUUUCUCGAAAAAUCACGCGUAGCUUGAAGGAAGAAGCUAUAAUCAUGUCUUCUGGAAAACGUCCAGCUUCUGGAUCCUUUGGAUCAUCUCAGAUGGUUGUGAAGAGACAGAAUGUAGGCAAUGAGAGCACAGCUUUAUCCACCACAAAUGGUUCAACUGGCAAUGGUGCGCUCAUUCAAGCAGUACCUCGGACGAGUGGUUUACAAGCUCCAGUGAUGCAAUUGGAAGGGCAUUCAGGAGAGGUAUUUGCUGCCAAAUUCGAUCCCAAUGGAAACUACAUCGCUUCAGGGUCAAUGGAUAGAUCAAUUAAUUUAUGGAGAACAUAUGGAGAUUGCGAAAACUACGGAACUUUAACCGGGCAUAAGGGCGCAAUAUUAGAUUUACAAUGGUCGCGCGACUCGACGGCCUUGUUCUCAGCAUCUGCAGACAUGCAUCUAGCCAGUUGGGAUUUAGAAACCGGUACAAGGAUACGAAGACAUGUUGGACACGAAGAAGUAAUCAAUUGCAUGGAUAUCAGUAAAAGAGGAGAGGAACUUCUCAUAAGUGGAUCAGACGAUGGUUAUAUAGGUAUUUGGGAUCCAAGGACAAAAGCUGCUGUCGAUUUCAUCCCUACUGAGUUCCCUGUCACGGCUGUCGCAUUAGCUGAAGCUGGAAAUGAGUUGUAUUCCGGUGGGAUUGACAAUGAUAUCAAGGUGUGGGACAUGAGGAGAAAGGCUGUGGUAUAUUCUAUGCUUGGCCAUCAAGAUACGAUUACAUCGCUUCGAGUUUCGCCUGAUUCUCAAACACUUUUAUCGAAUUCCAUGGACUCGACGGUUCGAACAUGGGAUAUCAGACCAUUUGCGCCCACUGAACGACAUAUCCGAACUUUUGAUGGCGCGCCGGCAGGAAUGGAGAAGAAUUUGAUUCGGGCAAGCUGGGAUCCGACUGGAAAGAAAAUCGCGGCUGGUGCUGGAGAUGGCACUGCUGUUGUUUGGAACAAUGAGAACGGUAAAAUAUUGUACAAAUUACCUGGUCAUAAAGGAACGGUUAACUGUGCCGAGUUAUCGCCUGGUAAAGAUCCUAUAAUUCUAACCGCUUCUUCGGACCGUACAUUGCUCUUGGGAGAAUUGAAGUGAGAUAAGGAGGAGGUCAAAGUCAAUGAAAAGAUACCCAACCACAAAAAUCUUGCAGAAACUCGGAGUUUAGGAAUCAGGAACUUUGAAGCUUACGAAAAGCUCUGCAAACCAUUCGGAAGGCGUUGAGGGGAUAGGUGGGGAUUGCGCAUGCGAGUAGGGUUAGCCUUACAGAUGUUUUCAAUCGACGGCAAUGGUGUAAUUGAUACGAGAGAGUUGGAAGACCUGAACAAGCAUGGAUAAAUGCUAUGAAAAGCAUUCAUACCUUUACCCCUCACCAAUCCAAAUCAAUAUAUUUGGUUCAAGCCACGCAAUAUAUUGCUGAUUAAAAUCGCCACAGUACGAGAUCUGCAAAAUUAAAAAUUUGUAUGGAGCUGGGUGGCUGGAUCUUAUCUGUAAAAAUAUAGAAGUACAGAUAAAUGUGUAGAUUGUAUCAUCAAACA